AUGCAAUCACUUAUAAAUCUGGUGCUUUUUGUAACGUUCCUUUGUAACACGAACGCUGAACAUGGACAAUUACCUUCAUACAUGAAGAAGUGUGAUUUAAAACACGGAUUCUCAGAUUGUGUGAAGGCGCAAAUAGAAAAAAGUUUACCACUUUUUACAAAGGGUAUCCCAGAAUUAGGGGUUCCUUCCACAGACCCCGUGUUACUUGACGAUAUCAGGCUCGAUGGAAAUGGUCUGAACUUAUCGUUCACUAAUGCGGCCAUGCAUGGGCUCAGUAAAUGCCUUCUUACACAACUAAAGGUAGAUAUUGGUACUGAGGAAGAGGAAUUCGAUUUAGCGUUCAAGGGCAACUUGAGUUUAACUGCUAAAUAUAAUAUCGACGGAAAAAUUCUCAUUCUGCCAAUUGUAGGAGAAGGUGAUGCGACGGUCAUUGCACAAAAUAUUGAGGUGAACAUACAGAGUAAACUGGCUCACGUUAAGGACAGCAAAGGACAAAGCCACUUAAAACUUGUUACGCCCAACUACAAGUACGACAUACAAAGAACAAUUUUCGACUUGAAAAACCUGUUCAAUGGCAACAAAGAAUUAGCUGCAACAACGCUGACCUUCGCCAACGAGAACUGGAGACAGUUAAUGGAUGAUUUAUCACCUCCCAUCAUCAAACAAAUUGUCCGCACAGUCGUCAAAGCUAUCAACAAAUUCUUCUCCAAAAUAGCCAUCUCUGAUAUGAUCUCGGGAUAUAACUAA